GUGUGUGCUAACUGCAGGGAAAGAGGUGUUUCGGAUGGUAGGGAGAGCCAGGUUUAAUCUGAAUGAUUCGCAGCGAUGGUAGGGAACGCUUCCACGAGUCCGGAAUCUCGUUAUCUGCACUGUAUGCAGUCAUUUGCCCGGGGGUGGUCGUUGUUUGAGUCGAGAGACAUUAUAUAGACGUGACAGCACAAUUAAACAAAUAACGUUACUUUAGACUCUUCCGCACAUUUAAACCCUACUAAAGGAACUUUUGGGCAUCGGAGUCGGUUUGACUAAUGGACUCAUGAAAAACGACGAACGAACCUUAAUUCUGUCCUCUUUAAAAAUAUUUUUAUUCAGUCAUUUCUGCAGAAAGGUAGAAGUCGAAUAAAUCACAUCAUAUUAACUGAUGUGGGUCUAUUCUAUAUCCCCCCUCCCCCCUGCGUUUUCACCUACUACAGUGACGUUGGAGUUCUACGGUGUGGAAUUGCGGCACGCUCUUCUCCUCGGCAAGGUUUCUUUUGAUGACUAUUACUCAUUGUUUUCGUUUGGGCAAGUAUAACUGAGGGUAAACUGAAAAAGUAAACAUGUUGUGAAAUUAUCGUUUGCUUUCGAAGCAUCUUAACAGGAUCGCGUACAAUAAACUACUUUGGAAAUCUUUUGAAAAGUUUUAACAUCAAAUCUCGGACUCUGAAUCCGACAUUUUUCUACACUGGAAGUUUCGUCGCCACUCAAGAAGUUUGGCACAGUGAAUGGAUCAGUGCUGAUGCCCCAAAGGUCCAGAUGGACUUCCAUUCCCAGAGUGGUCAACAGCUGUAACACCCCCCAAAGGAUGUUGGCAGUGCAAAGUAUGCUUGUGUUUCUGGCCUUGCUUGCACACAUUCUACCAAUCCAGGCCCGGCCUGCCAUCCCUAAUGAAGUUAUCCAUAUGCCAUCUGUGGAAAUCCAAGCAGAGGUUUUCACCCUCUACCCUGGGGACCGCCUGGAGCUGAGUUGUAACACUAAGUACCCUGUCAACUGGACUAAGGAGCAUGCAGUGGUAGUGGAUGGGGAGCACACACGUUUAAGGGAUGGCAAGCUUGAGAUUGAGGGCGUGGAGCUGGCCGACUCUGGCUUGUACACUUGCACCACCUUUGGCAACCACAGCUCUUACUUCUCUGUCAAUGUUACAGUUGUUCUCUUUUCCUAUUCACUAGCUGAUAUCCUGGCAUCUUCUGAAGAUGAAGACGAGGAGGAUGAGACUUCCUCAGAGGAGGCAAAGCUGUCUAGCAUUCAAAAGCUUUUACCAAUGGCCCCUCAGUGGGCUCAGCCAGACAAGAUGGAGAAAAAACUGCAUGCCGUCCCAGCCAGUAAGACUGUCAAGUUCCGCUGCCAGGCCAGUGGGAACCCCACCCCAACACUUAAGUGGUUCAAGAACGGCAAGGAGUUCAAGAGGGAUCAGCGAAUUGGGGGCUUCAAAGUCAGAGAACACAUGUGGACCAUCAUCAUGGAGUCUGUGGUUCCAUCUGACAAGGGGAACUACACUUGUGUAGUGGAAAACAAACAUGGAAGCAUCAACCACACUUACCAACUGGAUGUUGUUGAGCGUUCUCCCCACAGACCCAUACUGCAGGCGGGACUGCCAGCCAAUCGCACCGCUGUGGUGGGUAGUGAUGUGGAGUUUGAGUGUAAGGUGUUUAGUGACCCCCAGCCUCACAUCCAGUGGCUGAAACACAUCGAGGUCAACGGGAGCCGCGUAGGUCCUGAUGGUUUACCCUACGUCCGUAUUCUCAAGCACUCUGGGGUCAAUAGCUCGGACACUCAGGUGUUGACCCUCUACAAUGUCACUGAGGAGGAGAGCGGGGAGUAUAUAUGUAAAGUGUCCAAUUAUAUAGGAGAGGCCAAUCAGUCGGCCUGGCUGACCGUCGUCAGGCAUGAGGCCCAAGCAGUCCCCCGCUCCCCACCACCAACCAAACGUACCUGGAGGGUGCUGAUCUACUGUGUGGGCUUCUUCCUCAUUGCUGUCAUGGUGGCCGUGGCUAUCAUCUUCAAGAUGCGCAGCUCGUCCAAGAAGACUGACUUCAGUAGUGAGCUGGCUGUCCACAAGCUGGCCAAAAGCAUUCCCCUGCGCAGACAGGUAACAGUUUCGGUAGACUCUAGCUCCUCCCUCCACUCUGGAGUGAUGUUGGUGCGCCCCUCUCGCCUCUCCUCCAGCGGCUCUCCUAUGUUGACUGGGGUGUCUGAGUACGAACUGCCUCAGGACCCACGAUGGGAACUGCCCAGGGACAGGCUGGUGCUGGGGAAGCCCCUGGGAGAAGGCUGCUUUGGCCAGGUGGUCAUGGGAGAGGCUCUAGGGCUAGACCAAGAGAAGCCGAACAGGGUCACCAAAGUGGCCGUCAAGAUGCUGAAAUCUGACGCUACAGAGAAAGACCUGUCAGACCUGAUCUCAGAGAUGGAGAUGAUGAAGAUCAUUGGGAAGCACAAAAACAUCAUUAACCUGCUGGGAGCCUGCACCCAGGACGGUCCUCUCUAUGUUAUUGUGGAGUAUGCCUCCAAGGGCAACCUUCGGGAGUAUCUGAGAGCACGGCGUCCACCAGGCAUGGAGUAUUGCUACAACCCUGACCAGGUUCCCAUAGAGAACAUGUCUAUUAAGGACCUGGUGUCCUGUGCCUACCAGGUUGCCCGUGGCAUGGAGUACCUGUCCUCUAAGAAGGUAACAUCAGGAUCUGACUCAACCUACAUCAGCACAUGUAUCCACAGAGACCUGGCAGCCCGUAACGUGCUAGUGACGGAAGACAAUGUAAUGAAGAUUGCAGACUUUGGCCUGGCCAGAGAUAUCCACCAUAUUGACUAUUAUAAAAAGACUACCAAUGGUCGUUUACCAGUCAAGUGGAUGGCCCCAGAAGCUCUAUUUGACCGGAUAUACACCCACCAAAGUGAUGUAUGGUCUUUUGGGGUGCUGCUGUGGGAGAUCUUCACCCUGGGGGGCUCUCCAUACCCAGGAGUCCCUGUGGAAGAGCUGUUUAAGCUGCUAAAGGAGGGCCACCGUAUGGACAAGCCAUCCACCUGCACUCAUGAAUUAUACAUGAUGAUGAGGGACUGCUGGCAUGCUGUUCCCUCCCACCGCCCCACAUUCAAGCAGCUGGUGGAAGACUUGGACCGCACCCUGGCCAUGACGUCCAACCAGGAGUACUUGGAGCUGUUUGUGCCUCUAGACCAGUAUUCCCCCAACUACCCGGACACUCGCAGCUCCACCUGCUCCUCGGGCGAGGACUCUGUUUUCUCCCACGAUGCAGGGGCUGAGGAGCCCUGCCUGCCAAAGUUCCCUCCCCACUCCAACGGGGUGGCCCUGAAAAAGCGUUGAUACCUCACUACCCUCAGAUGACUGUCAUCCACUGUCCCGGUAAUGACACUUCCCACUCUCCUAGAGACUAAGCAACACAUCAGUGACGUUGUAUACAUGACUGACUUUUGAAACUAAAAGGCGUCAAGGGUCAGGUCUGGAUCAGUUCUCUUGACUUGAGGUUGAGGUGGGAAAUGUAAUAUUUUUGGGGAACUUUGUAUGGCUGGGAUUGUCUUUGUAUGUCCCAAUCUGCGCAAGCAAAGGAAAGACUUAUGUCUCCAAUAUGGGCAUUUCAAAGGGAAUGAGAGAAACAGACAGGACUGAGCUGAAAUGAAUUAUUCAUUGGAUGUAUUGGAGUUAGAAUCAUGUCUGUAUUUUUACAAUGUUCCAUCCACAACAAAUGAAAGCAUUUAGCUUUUUAGACCAAAUCCACAGAUUACCAAGGGAUAUUCCUACCUUGUAUGUAAUGUUUAUGUUGGUUCAGUCAGUUAAUUUACUCAAACAACUCGUUUGUAAAUACAGUUAGAAUUGUAUAAAUAUGAAUAUAUAUUUGCAAAGUGCUCUUGUUUUUACCAGAUUUUUUUUUUGUACAAUGAUGCUAAUGUUUGAUCGAUGUGCAUAUAAUCUAUACUGGGAGUGCUACAUGAAAUUACAUUUUAAUUGUAUUGAAUAUUACCUGGCCAAUUUUUACGGAUUCUCAAUUGUCAGCUUUGCUUUCCCCUUUAAUUACUGAAAUGCUUAUCCAUUAAUGAAAACAUUAAUUGUAUUUUUCUUUCCUGUCAUUUCUUUCAGAUACAAAUGUUUUUUGUGAUAUUACCUGCAAUGCAAUGUUAUUCCUAGUUGUGUAUGGAGUCAGAAAUGUAAAAAAUAUAAUAAUCCAUGCAGUUUGUGUGCAUGUGUUAAGCCAGUCAUUUAUGUACCUCUCCUUAUUCAGGAUCAGUUGUUUAUUUGAAGCAUGAUCCCCAAUCUAAAUAUUUCUAGUUGUUAGCUAUGCUUAUAUAAAUGAACCAGGAUGAUAUGCUUCAGAAAACACCAUGCACUUUCUUUGUGCAUGCCUCUGUCAUGUAAUUAACUGAUCCUCUCCCGUAACAAGAGGCCCAUUUGUGUUCAGGGAUCUUCUGAUAAAGGUUUGCAGAGUACGUACUGUAUAUCAUUGUAAAAGGAUUACAUUAAAUACAAUUCUAUAGAACAACAUUUAUAAUUAAAGCUGCUUUCAGAUUUUAAAAUAACUUAAUAAACAGGUCCAUAAAUCUA